AUGGAGAAACCAAAAGAAACCAUUGUCGAAGAAAGGAAGGAACUCAUGGUUUCACUCACUAGCAAUGCAAAACCAACACCAAGAACAACCCAUUUUCUCAAGCCCUCAAUUACCUCCUCCAUUGGUAAAAACACUCCUAAUCACCCUUCACACUUUAAUUAUUUUUUGCCGUCUACAUUUGAACCCAAAAAUAGGCCUUUUAAAAUUGCAUUUCAUGGGUGGAGAUGCCCACAGAACAAGUGGAAAGAAUGGCUUGAUAAAAUGGCUGCUUUGCAUGAAUCAACUUGGAAGAAAGCUGGAAUCUAUGAAGCAGUUCUGAGUUCAAUUUACCAAAUCAGAAGAAACGAUGAUUUGCUUCUUGGGUUAGCAGAGAAAUGGUGUUCUGAAACUAACACAUUCAUUUUUCCUUUGGGGGAAGCUAUGAUCGCCUUAGAAGCUAUGUUGGUAGCAGGGUACUCUGUUUUGGGAUCCCCUGUUUUUACUCCUCUAGAAACAAGAGAAUUGAAAGCAGCUGAGCGGAAGCUUAGGUAA